UAUGUGACGUUGAAAGCACGUGAUUUCUUCUUGCAUGUUGAUCGCAGGCGGUGGUGGUAUUUACGUUUGGAAUCGACAUUACUCACUCGUCAAAUUGUUAGAUAAUGUUGUCGCUGAUUAACAGGAUUUUAGACUGGUUUAAGAGCCUUUUUUGGAAAGAAGAAAUGGAACUGACCCUUGUGGGGCUUCAGUACUCUGGCAAGACGACGUUUGUGAACGUGAUUGCUUCUGGACAGUUUUGUGAAGAUAUGAUACCCACUGUAGGCUUCAAUAUGAGGAAGGUUACAAAAGGAAACGUUACAAUCAAGAUCUGGGAUAUUGGUGGCCAACCCCGGUUUCGCAGCAUGUGGGAACGCUACUGCCGAGGUGUCAACGCUAUCGUGUACAUGGUGGAUGCAUCAGACCAGGACAAGAUUGAGGCAUCUCGUAAUGAACUGCAUAAUCUGCUGGAUAAACAACAGCUGGCUGGAAUUCCUGUACUCGUCUUGGGCAACAAACGUGAUCUGCCUACUGCACUAGACGAGAAAGAGCUCAUAGAUCAGAUGAAUCUGAGUGCCAUUCAGGAUCGGGAGAUUUGCUGCUACUCCAUCUCUUGUAAGGAGCGAGACAAUAUUGACAUCACCCUCCAGUGGCUCAUCUCGCACUCAAAGUCGCAUUGAGAUUGACAUUCCAAAUAUUGACCUAUAUUUAUGUGUGUGUUAUAUUUAAAGCGAAUUCGUUUACUUGAUCCCCCUACUUUAGUGUGAAAUAAAUACAAAUUUCCCAUGCCA